AUGCCCAGAAGAACUGAGAGUACCCCGCAAUCUCUGAAGAAUAAACCAGACUUCCAGUCAAGAAGUCGUCCACCAUUCUGUUUCUAUUGCGACAGCAAGGAGCAUUGGUCAACGGAAUGUUCCAAAAUCAUUACUCCUAAGGCACGCCUUGAGUACUUGAAGAAGAAUAACCGUUGCAUAGGCUGUGGGUCUAAGACUCACAGCUUCGCUGAAUGCAAGGCUAAAGGGAUCCUGGCAUACGCCAUUCGAUUCCUCAAAGGCAUCAUUUUCGCUCUAAGGAGCCCACUUCGCGACAAACUACGAAAAGAAUUGUCUUGUAUCAAAGAACCUAAUCAAGGACAUCACCUCACAGUAUACAUCCGAGAAGCUCAUAACGUGUUGGUCAGAAAUCACCAAGCAGUUCAUCUAUCUUCACACUACAAAAAAGAACUUUCCAAGACACUCAAUAUAAAAGAAGACAGGAAAAACCUCUUGCGAGCAUAUGGACGAUUGAACAAAUCCGACUUGAGCAGCAUGGCAAAAAAUCCAAUUUUAAUCGCACCACACACCGAGUUCAGUCGACUUAUUGUGCUCGAAGCACAUGGAAAGUAUCACAACAGU